AUGCUCCUCCUUCUCCGCCAUCCAUGGUCGCUUUCUUUUCACCCUUUCUCCGAAACCCUAAUCCGUCAGCCUCUUUCUAUCUUCAAGAACCCACAACGGCUCUGCCUUCUCUGCCAUCAAUGGCCGCCCUUCUUUUCACCCUUCUCUGAAACCCUAAUUCGUCCACAUCAUUUUGCCUUCAACCACCCACAACAGUUGUUGCUAACUACUGUUUCUAAUGCUUCAAUCCAGAGAGGCAGAAAGAUACGUGUGAGAGAAUUGGAAGAGAGAUACGGUCAUACUAUACGGAGAUUGCGUGACCUUGGAUCCAAGCAGGGGACAACGAUCGACAUUAAUCUGGGAUUCAUUGGCGAGCUAGCUAGAGAGGCACUACAAGACUUUGUGUAG